GAUUAUCAGUUGCUCGGUGGAUUUGUUGCUCUCGCCUAGAAAAGCUGGUUAGCCAACUGAUUCAAGCGAAGGGCCUGCAAAUACUUCCUGCGUUAUCAUACAAACUUCGUAGCAUAGUAGGUCUUCGCCUAUAAGCAUAUUGACAGCAGAUGCCCUCGUAAUCGCAGGGUUGGUUCAGUGCCUGCUGUCCUCAUGACUCAGCAAGAGCAGCAUGAGUUUGGGGAGAGCGUGGACGGCGCCGUGGCCUGGAUGCGGGCUGUGCAGGAGCGCCUGCGGGUCAACGACAACACCCAGGGGCCCAGAGCGGCGCUGGAGGCCCGGCUCAGGGAGACCGAGCGGAUCCAUGAGUCGGAGCAUGAUGGUCGUUUGAAGAUGGACCGGGCUCUGGUGGCUGCAGAUGUUCUGCUGCAGAACGGAGACGAAGAGACGAGGCACCAGACCCAUGCCAAACUCAGAGACCUCAAGGCACUCUGGGAAGAGACCACAACCUACAUUAUCCACUGUCACAGCCGUAUAGAGUGGGUGUGGCUGCACUGGAGUGAGUACCUGAAGGCCCACGAGGAAUUCCAGGCGUGGCUGGCCAAGCUGGAUCGCUCCCUGGAGGCGGCUCCGGAAUUGCAGCCGGGCGUGCGGGAGAAGCUAUGGCAGGUGGACCAUACGCAGGUGACCCUGUGCGACGUCCAGGCCCAGGCCCUGCUGCUGGAGAGGCUGCUGGACGAGGCCGCCGCGCUGCACAACCGCACCGAGGACCCCAGCGUGGACCCGGAGAAGCAGGACGCCCUGCAGGACGCCUACAGCGACGUACAGGACAAGGCUGUGGAGAGGCUACUGUUGGUUCAGAGAAUAGCCGAGGAGCACCAGCAGUACCAGGACUACGUCAAUAAGUUCCAAACAUGGCUGCUCUCCAAGGCACAGGAGGUCAGCCUCUUCAACGAGCAGACAGACAACGCAGAUAACAAGCUGCAGUUACUGCAGGAGCUCGAGACCAGCAUAGCCAACGAGGAGCAGACUCUGUGCCACAUCAAGGGGCUGGCGGAGGCCGUGAGGGCCAACACCACCCCGCUGGGGGCCGAGGAGCUGACGCAGGAGAUGAAGGAGCUGUGGGCCGCCUGGGAGAGGCUCCGGGUAAGCCUACAUGAGGCCCGCGGCAGACUGCAGAGCUCCCUGGAUUCCCGGGGCCAGUACCAGGCCCAGUGUGAGCAGCUGUGGGCAGGCAUCAGGGACAUGAGGGCGCUGGUGCAGAGGCUGGCGAGAGAGCUGGAGGGCAAAGUUGGAGACGGGGGUGGAGAUCGCACAGAGGAGCAGCUGGUGGCACAGUGGAGGAGGUGCACGGGCGUGAGGAACACACUGAUAGACGAGGAGCCCCGCACAGAGAAGCUGAAGGAGCAACUCAAGGAACUCUUCCACUUCUCUCAAGACUGCAAGCCGCUGUCUGACGAGCUCCUGGCAGCCGUGAAAGAAUAUCAUAGUUUGAAAGGCCGGGCGUUCCGUCUGUCCUCUGAGAGCGAGACAGGCCUGCGGCAGGUUCUCCAGGACCCUCUGCAUGGUUUCAGCCAGUGGAGCCAGAUGGUGUCCCAGGUCCUGGAGGCGUCUGCCGAGGUGUCCGAGUUCUCCCACAUCGCCCUGUUGGUGCAGAACAUUGAGAAACUGUUGAGGCAGAGCCUACUGCUUCAGGAGCGCCUGAGCCAGCUGCAGGUGAAGAGGGACCUGCUGGGCUCCGUGUUUGGCCCCGAGACGGCCGAGGGGCUCCUGUCGGAGCUGAGCGCCAACGUGAGGCGCCGUGAGCUGCUGCACAGCCAGCUGUUGCAGAGGAAGAGUCGCCUCCAGGGCUUAAUAUCAAGAACCAAGGACUUUGGUGAUGCUUAUGAGUCCAUUCGUAAGAAGCUGUCCUUCAUUAACGACCAGUGUCUGGCUUCAAACAGACUUCAGCCUGACAUACUGGCCAAGAAAAGUCAGUGUGACCAACUGAGGGUCCUCAAGAGGGACUUGGAGGAUUGUGAGGCUCACAUCACUGCUCUGGAGACACUGGUGUCAUCCAGUCCAACCAACAGGGCCAAGUUUGAGUGCCUCUACACCGACUGGAAUAUAGUCUACAAAACUCUCAGGGUGAGGGUAAGUGAGUGUGAGGAGAACAUUGGGGAGCACGAGGACUUCCACGAGAGCCUGCUGAACGUGGAGAAGUGGCUGAUGAUCAUGAGGCAGAAGCUGGAGUCGUACCGCAGCUCCGGCGGGGAGUGGAGCGUGGAGAACAGGCAGCACGAAGCAGAGAGGGCGCUGGGGGAGUUUCCAGAGAAGGAGCAGCAGCUUCGCCAGACGGAGUUUCAGGGGCAGAAUGUGCUGGCCAAGACCUCUGAGGAGGGCAAAGUUCACAUCGUCCGUGACCUGAAACGCCUACGAGAGUCCUGGAAGGCCCUUCAUUCCCUCAGCCUCAACCUGCUCAGGCUCCUGAAUGAACCUGGGUCAUCAGGGUCAAAGAUCAGAGGGCAGUCUGGCGACACUUCAGGAGGGGUCCGGGGUCACAGCUCAGGUGGCCAAGACGGAGCAGAGGGCGUGGCGGAGAACACCAAAGGUCCACGCCGCUGCCUGUGGGCAUACGAGGGCUCGGGAGACGGGGACGGUCUGGAGAUGGACGAAGAUUUUGGCGAGCUCUCAGACCAUGUAGCGCCGGACCCAGGUGCCAGUGGAGUCCAGAGAGGUGGAGUGGCUCAGCCAAACCCGUCACACACCAAUGGCAGGAAUGGUGGCCUCAGCCAGAGAGGGAUCUACGGCAGCCAGAGCGUGGAGGAUGUCGACUCUGAGCCCUCGGGAGGGGGGAGAGUGCGGGUGACCCCAGGAGGAUCUGCCCAGCAAGAGGGCCUGGUGGUCUGCGGUGACCCCGGGGCGAGCAGGAGGACGGGGCAGUGGGUGGAGAAGCACGCCUCCGCAUCCACCUCCACCUCUGGAGUGGAGGACCUGCCCCUGGAGGAUGGUUACGGCCUCAGCAGCAACGAGCGGAGCGGACUGGAGGGCUCUUCUCCGGGCAGCUUCAGGACCAGGGUGACCAGAAGAGACACCACCACCACCACCACGAACGAAGGCGCCUCCGGUAGAGAUUCCGGCGCGCUAGUAACUCCCACCAAGGGGGGCCGUGGCGCUACUGGCUCGGGGGAGAGGCAGCGGGAGUUUGACGUCUGGCUUCAGAGGGAGAGUGACAAGCUCUCGGGGAUCCUGAGCAGCCACAGAACCAUCAGCGCCAAAGAGCUCAAGAUCAGAGAGAAUACACUUAAGGCCUUGCGGGCUCGCGUGUCCUGGGGCCAGGGUCAGUUUCAGCAGCUGCUGGACUCUCGGUCGGAGGUGGAGGACGUGGAGCUGGAGGAGCUGCGGUACCGCUGGAUGCUCCAUAAAUCCAAACUCAAGGAUGUGGGCGACCUGGGGGACCGACUCCGAGUCGCGGAGGUCGGUGCUCAGAGGGAGGAGCUGAUCCGAACUGGAAAGGAGGAGAGCCGCUGCGGGUUCCUGUACCGUGUGUGUCGCGUGGCGCUGCCCCUCCAGCUCUUGCUUCUGGCGCUCCUGCUGCUGGCCUUCCUGCUGCCCAUGAUGGACGAGGGCACCAGCUGCUCGCUCUCCAACAACUUCGCCCGCUCCUUCAACAUCAUGCUGCGCUACGACGGCCCCCCACCCACCUAGACCAGCGGCCAACAGGCCCCAUCACAACUGUGGGGGAAAACCAACAUGGACGACACCGAAACACACUGCUUUGACAGUGAACCACCGUGACGGAACCGCACCCACCUAGAACAACAGCUUACACCAUGUCCUUACGUCAAGCGACGUAAGCAAGCGACAAAAGUAAAACGCUAACAAGGCUAUUCUAGUAAGCAGUGAGCAUCAAAGCGCAAUGCCCUUGCGGUUGGGACAUGGUGUAAGAUACCUUGUGUCCUUCCUGUGGAGAAAAACAACACGGACGUCACUGUUAGUCAAAGAUCUCUGAAGUCAGAACUCUCUUCUCUCUGGUUGAGCUACUCUGCUCAGCGCCGUGGAAUGUAUUCCCUGUUUCUAAAUGGGCCAUACCUCAGUAAUCGGGUGACUUCAAAAUAAACACUUGUUUCAUGACCAAAAAAUAAAAAUCUAAAAUUCAAAGAGAUGCAGAUCCGUGUGCUGGUAGGUCCCUGGUGGUCCCACUUCCCCUCCUCUCUGCUGGGUGCUGGGCUGGGAGAAGGCCUGGAGCCUGUGUGUGUAACUCUGUGUGUGGGCGAGUUUGGCUCUGUCAGUCCGUUCCACUUGACUCAAGCUGUUCCGCACUCUGCACCCACCAGGCUAAGCCAACUCGGUCCUUUCAUCCUGCAGAAAGAGAGACCUCACUAGUGGCCCUGUGUAAAAAUAAGUAGAUGCCUAUUAUUCAACUGAAGAUACAAAUUGUCAGACAACAUUCUGGUUCUGGAAUGGAUCAGGCCAUUGUGAUUGCAGAUUUAGAGCCUCGGUCAGAACCGGCCCAAGAUUUUACGCUAUCUGAGUUGUUUUUUAAAAGCUUAUUCGGCCUGAUAGUAGCAGUCAGAUACAGACAUUCUUUAACGUUUGAAUACAUUUAUAUAAUUUAUAAAUUUACAGUGGUUUCAGUUUGUCUAGAAGGCAGACAAACCACAACCACAGGUAAUGUAACUACCUUUAGACCUUUCACAUAUGGAUGCUACUUUGCACUACAUUAGUUUUACUUGCAAGCCUUUUGGUGACACUAGGAAAUGCCUUCAAAAUGCAUAGACAGCACUGUUGUGUUGUGAUUAAUCUAUCGUUUUUAUAUGAUCAUGUGUAGGAUGAUGGGGGGGGGGACAGCAUUUAUAAAUCGGCGCUUUCAUUCCACAUUGACUUGAUUCAGGAUGGUCCUGUAACGCUUGAGGGCUCUUAAACUCCUUACUGGAGCUAUUUUGCAGAUGACAUCAUCGUCUUAAAUUGAGACUGAAACUGUCAUUAGUUGCUCUUUCCUUCACACCUGUUGCAUUUGUCUGCAGGCAGGUCUGUCUUAUCCCCUGAGUCCAUACAGCCUUGAGCACUGCGCGCACACACACACACACACACACACACACACACACACACACACACACACACACACACACACACACACACACACAAUGAUCUGACUGACAAAGUAAAAAAAAAUCCCUUGACAUUUUCUGAAAAUAGUAAUUACGCAAUAAUCCCUUGUGUCCUUUGACAUUUACUUGGCACAACCCGCAUGUGGAAUGUCAACAUUUGUUCCUUUCUGUUUUUUUUCUUUUCAAAAGUGUGUUUUGGAAGGCCUAGAUUACAGAGUGGAAAUAGCCCAGUUUUCGGAAGAAUGCCCUUUUUUGAGCAGACUCCCAAACGACUCUGUGACCUCCACGACCUUUCCUCCUGCCCUACUCCCUCCAGCUUCUCUGAGGAAGGAGUGUUGUGGACUCAACUUGUUUCUACAGAAACCGAGACAAAAUCCAGUUAUUCUGUUAUGGUGCACGUUGUUAGGCUCGCCAUUUGAGAAAUAAACUCGCUACAAAUAGUUUUAAUGUCGUUAAGAUGAGAACUGCUUUUAUUACCCAAUGAUGCAUGCUUGUCGGACAAAGGCCUCCAUUUAGUCAGUCUGCAGAAGCAAAAGAAUUCUCUGCCGUCAACUGUUUGACGCAUUGAGUGGCCAAUCUUCUGCGUGUGUGUGUGUGUUUGGAAGUUUGUAUAGCAAAGAUGACUCACUCGCUGUAAACCUGAUGCAUGUCUUGGAAGCAAUAUUAAGGUAACUCGUAUCAUUGACUCGUAACGCUGGCAGCUGCCUCGGGAAUGGAAGAGUAACUGUAUUUAAUGCGUGUUUAUUUAUGUCUGAACUGCAGUGCCCUGCUCCUUUGGUUAUUUAUGUAUUGUGUCCUUCCUUUGUGCUCCACUGAUACUUGUAAAACAAUGUUAUAAUUCAUGCUUUGAACGAUGCAUAGCACGUUACACUGUAGGCUAUGUUGACACCUUUUUAAAGCACAUUUAAAUGCUGAGCACCUCUUGCUACUGCACUCCUAUUUUAAAGUGAAUCCUUGCCUUCACUGACCAAUGCAACCCCCUUACAUGUUAUUAAUUAUGCAUUGCUUGCCGGGCAGUUGUAGUUGCUCCACCACAUGCUCUGUAGGGUGUGUUAUCUUACAGUGGGAUCCAAAGCAAGACUUCGGCUUCAUGUCGAGGCCAGAUACGGGGAAUGUUAUCGAGGAUUCUCAUCAGCUACUGCUUUGGGGAGCAGGAACUAAUUUGCCAGGGAACGUGAGUGGACGAUUCUUCCCCAUCAGAGCGGUCAGGAUGUAUUGAUUGUGCUACUUUAUUAUGCAAUUUAAAAAAAAAUUGAUUCCUAAGGCAUCUAAACUGUAGUGGUGGUUGUAAACCUAAAGGCUUGCAGGCUUUUAUAAAAUGCUACGCUCAUUUUUAUACUGCUACUGAAUAAUUGGAUGAAAUGCAUAACUCGCAGAAACAAAAUUGGUGCAUAGCCAAUAUUUUUGUAUUGUACUCCCAAAGAGAAUAAAUAUGCAAUGCAUACA